GCAUUGCGGUCUUCUCUUUGGUGAGAAUUUCAAUUUCUUUGGAAUUUCUUUCUCGUCGUUCUCGUCUACCUCCUCGUCAUUGGUGAAUCCAUCCAUGGCCAUGGCCAUGGCGGUCUCCAUGCCGCUCCAGACCUUCCGGAAGUCCUUGUUCAUCGUCCCACGCAAGCACCACGUAUUAUCCUUCUCGCCCAGGACUAGCUUCACCACGUCCGCCAAGUUCGAUCUCUUCCAGCUCAUGGGCGGCCGGGGCCUCUGCAACGGCGAGAAUGGCAUCCAGAAAGAGCUCAAGAAAACCAUCGAAGGAGAGACAACCCCUUCUCCAGCUCCUCUAACUUCAUCCCCAACCCAGUCCCCACCCUCUGGCUUCCAGGUGGACGAAGGUGCAUUUGAUAAGGAGCUGCUAGGCCUCACCAGUGGCUUCCCGGGAGGUGAGAAGGGCCUCAAGCGGUUCAUCCAAGAAAAUCCUCCCCCAGAUAGCAAGGAUGGCGGGGAGUUGGGGAUUCAGCUUGUGGGAUCCAAGCCUGAACCUCCCCAACUGCCGCUAUUCAUGCCUGGGAUGAUUGUGAUUGUCAAAAACCCCAAGAAUCCGUUCUACAUGUAUACCGGCAUUGUUCAGAGGGUCACUGACGGCAUGGUCGGGGUUCUCUUUGAAGGUGGAAAUUGGGACAAGCUCCUCACUUUUAGGCUGGAUGAGCUCGAGCGCAGGGAGAAGGGACCUCCCAUGGUGAAUCCCAAAUCUGCCAUUCUGGAAUCGCUUGUCAAGACUUUGAAGGAGUGAGCUUCUGAAAUUGCAUCUCUUAUAAAUGCAGGGAGUGGCAUAACAUUCUUUUACGCAAAGAGGGUUGUUGCUAAGGUGAGGUCAGGUGAGCUUUUUUGGAAUCAUUGCAAUUUAGUGACAAUGAAAAUAAAAGAAAAACAACCUUCUCUCUGUCUUGAAUGUUUUAUUGACACUACUAGAAUAUGUACAGCUUUUAGGAUUACAUGCUACCGGUCCUUCCUUCAGGUUGUGAUUCGAUGUUGAUAAACAUGGCUGUUAGCUAAUAAGAGAAAGCUGUUUUGUGUCAUUACCUGCUUUUUAUGUCUGCAAUUGAAGUUUUUUAUGCUUGAUUUUGCUGGGGAAAUGAGUAUUUUCAUCUUUUGUGUUGAUUAUUCUAGCAUAAGUUAUUCAUAAAGCCAUUUUAUUUGGCUAAAUAGUGAAAAACCGGUUGUUGCCGCCUUUUUAGAUAUCAACUCUCACAUCUCUUUUAUAUAUCAUCAUUGGAGUAAUAGAAGACGUAUUUGAAUGACCAUCAAAUGACCGAAAUAAAAUUGAUAUAGAGAAAUAUAGUGUAAUUCGUAUUAAGGAGAUAUCAUAAUUGGAAUUGAGAAGGCCCAAUAGCUGAAGAAAUUUAUGUGGCCGGCCACCAACUAACCCAACUACAUGCUAUAUAUAAACCUUUAGUAUUUCCUGUGAAAGUAAUCCAUUUACCUGGAACUCAAGAGAAGCUAUUCAACCAUGGCAAAACUGUCGUUCUGUGCAUAUAUGUAAAUAAGGAGUAAUUCAUAUGAGAUGGCAGAAAACUAAAAUGAGUAAUUUUUUAUCAUACAUUCGUUAAAAGAAAUAUUCUAUUGCUACUGAUUGUUGAUAUUCUCAAAGCAAACUUUUGGAUAUGAUUAAUUAAACUUGAUUUGGCUAUCUUGAAGAUCAUUCAGUUUUGCCAUAAUCACUGCAAGUGUUAGUGUGUCUGCUUCAUAUUAUAAUUUUUUCUAUAAGACAUUAAUGAUGAAUGCUUGUUUGUUUUGAAUAAUAGGUAGCAUUGAUGCCUUAAUCAUUUCUAGCAUCCUGUCUAGUUUUGCUUAUGAUAUUUUGUAUCCAAUAAAGAAAAGUACAUAUCAAGCGUAAGCUAUUUUUUUGGAGAGUCAAGUUGAACGGCCUCUUGAUAGUACCAGCACCUGUCUUUUGCUUGAAAAGGGGCUUUGAAUCCUUGUAAUAAAUCUUACUUGCCACUUUGGUUGCCUUUAAUACCGAAUAACAGCACAUAACAAGUUGUGCUAUCAAGGAUUCAAUUCUAAAAGAAUAGGUUCUGUUUGUUGGACGAGAUUUAUAUUCUGCUAUGGGAGUCAUGAAUGGAAAUUAAGCUGCCAUUAGAAGAGUUGUUGCCAUUUACUGCUUGGCGUAUAAUAAAUAGCCUCCUUUAGUUAAGUUAUUCCACCUGCUCGUUGACGAUGUCUGCCGUGCAAAUAUCUUAUUAACAUAGUUGAAGCGGCCGGAGGUGUUAUUGAGAUGUGCAAGAAUUCCUUUUGUGUGUGUGUGUGGAAUCUGGAUUGAGGCUGAAGAUGCGUUACGGUUGAGGUGUUAUAAUUCAAUAAACUGUGAGUGGAUGCAAUACAAAUGAUAAGCGCCAAAAAACAGGCGCUUUUUUGUCUCCACCAUCCUUUUGAUUUGCGGGGAAAAGCUGGCUCAAUUGGGCGUGAAACAAUGGUCAGGUCACGGGUCUCCAUGUCGUAUGGGCUAUAUAUAAUAUAUAUUAUUAGAAUUAUGCAUGGGUGAUGGGUCGAAUACAAUUAAUUAUAGGCAAUCAAGAUGUCAAUUUGCACAAAUCCCCGUUUUUAAGUAAAGUGUAACUAAUAAUAGCUGGAUUUGAUCCAAACCAUACUUUUGCUUUGAGAUGACUUGAUGAAGAAGCGAAGCUGGCGCUAUUGGGUCCGGUGGUUGAGUGUUAAAAAACAGACAGGGAAUCUAAUUGUUUUCUAACUUUCCUCUAGAUGCUCCGUAUGUCCAUGGUCAUGUGCUGCGCUGUGCUGUGUGCUGUGUGCUGUGCACCUCCGA